AUGUUUGUUGAUGGGGCUUCAUCGCCACCAUUCUUCUGCUCACCGCCAGUGAAUGGCGUGUCGGGCAUGGCGAUGACACUCGACACGACAAAUGAUGAGGAUUUCGAUUUGCUCUCGAGCACGCCAAAUAGAUUUCGUGGCAUGUCACCGAGCACCUCCUACUCUAGUCCUUUCUCAGCAAAGAAACAUAAUGUAUCAAUGGCAGCCUCUGUGAACGUUCAUUUUGCGGAUUGGUUUGAUGAUCUCCUUCAACGUCGAAAAAACUUCUCAGCAUUGAUGAUCGCCUCGGUGGUCUUCGUAUCGUUAUUUAUGAUCUCCACAUUGCUUCAAUUGUCGUUUAUUCAUCCUAUUGCAUCUGUUUACAAUAUAUUUUCGACAUAUUUUUCAUGGAAAGUCUGGCUGUUGUUUUUGGCGUGUGGCGCCUCCACGUUUCUUUCUUUUCAAUAUGGGUUUCUCAAUUUGUGUUCAGCUAAUCAACUUCAAAGUCUCUCCGUUUGGGCGAAAUCAAAUUGGACUUCUGCGCUGGUCUUCACACUGUUUUUCCAAAUGAACUCAAUCGCUAUGAUUGCUGCAAGGAUUUAUCGCAAUGUUUUUCUUCCUUGGUUGAUUAUAGGAUUACCAAUUUUCGGAUACCCAAUUUUGUGGUCAGUCGUUGACCUACGGCUCCACGCGAUCGCUCUUUUGACGCUGACAUUCACAAUUUUCACGAUCAACGCGGCUCUAAUUUUUACUCGCUGUUUUGUGAUGCAGCCAAUCUCUUUUUCACUCCCACCUCCAUAUGCAAUUGUGGCGCCAAGUGGUCCUCAACUACGGACCCUCACGAAUGCCUUAGAAUGUUUAGAUCCACUGUUGAAGUUGUUUGCUGGAUAUGAUUUGAGGCGUAUUGGUGCCUCCGAUAUGACAAGACGAGCCGAAAUCUACGCAUUGAGUCAACCCGGAGGGCACCCACGAAAUUGGACUUCCAUUUCGAACUCGUGCUUUGCCGUCAUUCAAAGAAUUCAGAAGGAGAUUGAAAUCGCGGCUUCCGAAUAUCUUUUGCCAUCUGAAGUGAACGAAGAAUCGCCGGACCGAAAGAUAAUGCUUAUGCCUGCAUCAAUUCGAAAUCAGAUGUACACAUCAGCCGUUCGUCAACGAGCGAAUCGGGCGCUUUUGAGGCCACACAAGAAAAAAGUGAUCAAUGAUAAUCUUUUGGCUGGCAUUAUUCCGUCAAAGUUUUAUUUGAAGUUCUUCGGCUGGAUAGUCCCAGAAAAGACAAUCAUCUCCCGAUAUGAUGCCAACAUGGUUGUCUAUAUUGUUGAUGGAAUUUCAUGGCUCAUCGUAAAGUCAAUUCAAGAGGACGAUUAUGGCGUCGUGCAACGGGAUAUUGGCAGAAUCACAUCGCUUUUGCUUCUGACACUGCAAACGAUUGACAAGUAUUUCCGCGUGCGAAACGUCCGACCGGUGGCUAACGGCCCAGAUGCACCACUUCUGCUCAUCGAUCGGGCACUUCGAACUGCUAUCAAGAAUAUCGCUGACACCUUUUUCAAUCAUCUCGGGGAUUUCCAAUUCACUCAAGAAGAGCUCCUUCUCAUCGAACGUUUAAAG